AUGGGUCGGACAGUCGACCAGGAAGUUCACGCGGCGUUCGUCGAGUUCCGCGCCAAGGAAGACGAUAAGUGCCUUUCCGUCCAGUGUAUCUAUUGCCAGCAAAUCCGCGCAAAGAACACCUCGCGUCAGAAGCAGCACCUGCUCGAAUGUCCCGGCCUCCGUCAUACCAACCCCCAAGCUCAGUCACAGUCCGCUCAAUCCACUACUAACGGCAUCGGUGCUGCCAACGGAUAUCCUCCCACUCCCAAUGGCGCCUCUGCCACAGCUCCCGGCGCUGGGCCAGGGCCAGGUGCCCUCGCGACCCCGAAUGGACCCAUGAUGUCCAACGGUGUCAAUCCGCAUGCCACUCCGAUGCAGACGCCGCUGCAGAAUAUGCAGGGACGCGCUUCCUUGCCGACGUCAGGCCCUGCCGGGGCCACCUCCACGGCCGCUGCCGCGCAGCAGGCCCCUCGUGCGACACCCAAGUCCAAGCCGAAAAACUCGUCCUCCAACCUCCCCGCCCCGCCCCUCGAUGACGUGCAUGCUGCUUUCGUAGAGUUCCGUGCGAAGGAAGAAGACAAGUGUCUGUCCGUCCAAUGCAUAUACUGCCAGCAAGUCCGCGCGAAGAACACGAGUCGACAACGCCAACAUCUGCUGGAAUGCCCCACCUAUCUCAGUGUCAUGAAGGACUCGAUCCCCGCCAACAACCUUCUCCACACCUUCCCCGAGGGCGACGUGGCCCGCUCGCUGCAGAUCCCCGCGCCUACUCUCGAGUUGGACUUUCGUAUGAGCAUCAAGAUGAACCCCAAGGUCGCUGUGGGCGAGAGUAUCUGGGGUCAGCGUGACUGGGUGACAUUUGUGGGAGGGCAAUGGGCAGGUCGAUGGGGCAAAGGCAUUAUUUUGCCUGGGGGACAGGAUUCUCAGAUCGUGACUAAGGAGUCAUCCACCAGCCUUCGAGCGAGCUAUAUGCUUCAGACCGCCGACGAUCCUCCCGCGUACAUUAUUGUGAAGACCAAUGGAUGGUUGACUGGUUCUAAGGACGUCUUGGACAAGGUCAACGACCCGACCGUGGCCGAUGGUGUCAACCCGAACACGUACAAAUAUCGCAUCAACCUAUCUAUGGAGACCGGAGAUGAACGUUACGCAUUUUUGAACACCCUGAUGUGGAUUGGCAGUGGCUGUCGCCGGAACCAAGAAGUUAUUUUCGACGCCUUCCGCGUCAACUAA